AUGGCUUCUUUUGCAUACCUUGUUUGUCUUUUAUUAAUAAUCCCCUUUGUCAAUUCAUUGUCCUUCAAUUUUGAUAGUUUUAACACAAAUGAUCAGAAUUUAACAUAUGAAGCAGAUGCAUAUCCAGCAAACAGUGUAAUUCAGCUCACCAAAAACCAGCGAGAUAGUGCUUCAAAUGAUAGCAUAGGCAGAGUCACAUAUUCAGAAGCUCUCUAUCUUUGGGACAAGGCCUCUAGGAAUCUCACUGAUUUCACAACGCAUUUCUCCUUUGGGAUCAACUCACAGGGCAGAAAUAAUUACGCUGACGGUCUUGCCUUCUUCCUUGCUCCUGCAGGUUCAAGAAUUCCUGAUAACUCAGCCGUAGGAGGCAGCCUUGGCCUUGCAGUUAGUGGUCAACAAAAUACAUCGAGAAAUCACUCUUUUGUUGCUGUGGAGUUUGACACCUUUAAGAACUUUUAUGAUCCAAAGGGUGAUCAUGUAGGUGUAGAUAUCAACUCUAUGGUAUCUGUUGUUAAUGUGACCUGGUUUAGUAGCAUUCCAAAUGGUAAGAGAACUGAUGCCUGGAUUACUUAUAAUUCAACUUCAAAAAAUCUUAGUGUUGUCUUCACCGGUUUCCAACAACAAGGUAAUACUACACUCACAGUCCUGCAGAACCUAUCUUACAAUAUUGAUCUGAGGGAAUAUUUGCCAGAAUGGGUCACUUUUGGCUUCUCAGGUGCAACAGGAACUCUCUUUGCAUUACAAACCAUAUACUCUUGGAAUUUUACUUCUUCUUUAAAGCAUAAUGACAAUAUAACAGAUCCAGAUGUGCCCCUACCAAGACCUGUGCCAGAGGAUACUUCAAGCAAAAAUAAGUCAGGACUAGUGAUUGGAUUGAUUUCUGGCGGUUGUGUUUUGGUAGCACUAUCUGUUAUAAUAUUGUUUGCAUUUAGGAGAAAGAGGAAGGUGCGAGAAGAUGAAGAUGAAGAUGAAGAUGAUGAUAUUAUUGAUGGUUCCAUGACUAAUGAAUUUGAAAGAAGCACAGGACCAAAGAAGUUUUUGUACAGUGAGUUGGUCAGAUGUACAAAUAACUUUUCGCGGGAAGAGAUGCUUGGCCAGGGCGGGUUCGGAGGUGUUUAUAAAGGAUAUCUCAGUGAAUCCAACUCCUAUAUUGCUGUUAAGAGGGUUUCAAGGGAGUCAAAGCAAGGAAUAAAAGAGUAUGCAUCAGAAGUCAGGAUCAUCAGCCGGUUAAGACAUAAACAUUUGGUGCAACUCAUUGGUUGGUGCCAUCAAAAAAGAGAACUUCUACUUGUCUACGAGUUUAUGCCUAAUGGAAGCUUAGAUUACCAUCUUUUCAAAGGAAGAAGCCAUUUGACAUGGCCAAUAAGAUUCAAGAUUGCUCAAGGUUUGGCCUCAGCGUUGCUUUAUCUACACGAAGAAUGGGAACAGAUUGUGGUUCAUAGGGACAUAAAGUCCAGCAAUAUUAUGUUGGAUUCCAAUUUUAAUGCUAAACUUGGGGAUUUUGGUUUAGCUAGGCUAGUUGACCAUGAUAAGGAAUCCCAAACAACAGUUUUGGCAGGCACGAUGGGUUACAUGGCUCCUGAAUGUGUCACCACUGGCAAAGCUAGCAAGGAAACAGAUGUCUAUAGCUUUGGUGUUGUCGUGUUAGAAAUAGGUUGUGGAAGGAAAUCUAUUGAAAAUAAAGCUGAGGAGCAUCAAGUAAAUAUUAUCCAAUGGGUUUGGAGACUUUAUGGGAUGGGAAAUCUUCGUGAAGCAGUUGAUCCUAGACUCUCAUCAGAGUUCAAUGAAGAGGAGAUGGAGCACUUGCUAAUUGUUGGCUUAUGGUGUUCUCAUCCAGAUAAUAAUUGCAGACCUUCUAUAAGGCAAGCAAUUCAGGUGCUUAAUUUAGAAGCUCCGUUGCCCAUACUCCCUCCAAACAUGCCUGUACCGACAUAUUGCAGUCGGUCACAAUAUGGAUCAACUACUUCUUUUACAUCACCGUAUGACUCCAACGCUCCUUGGAAUUCUGAAAUACAGUCUUCAGUGACUAGAGACUACACUGGUUCUUCAAAUAACACAGCAGCUUCUGCAUCAUCUUCGCCUUCAGCAUCACUUCUGUACACAUGUUGA